AUGCCACGCAUCGGCUUUGGAGUCUAUCAAAACUACGCCACGAAGCAAUCGUGUUUGGAGGCGUUCGAGGCUGGAUAUCGGCAUGUGGACUCGGCCCAAGCAUACCACAACGAAGCGCACGUCGGUGAGGCUGUUCGUGAGAGCGGCAUACCGAGGGAAGAGCUCUUCAUCACAACCAAAUGCGUCAGCAAGACGCAUGGCUACGAGAGCACACUCAAAGCCGUCGACGUUUCGCUGCAGAGCUUCGGCUUCGAUUACAUCGAUCUAUAUCUCAUCCAUGAUCCCAUGUCGGGAACUGAAAGGCGGCUGCAAACGUACAAGGCUCUCCAAGAAUCGAAGAAGGCAGGCAAAGUGCGCACCGUAGGUGUUUCCAACUACGGGAUUAAGCACCUGCAAGAAAUCCAAACGGCCGGUUACGAGCUCCCAGCAGUGAACCAAAUCGAGCUGCAUCCUUUUUGCCAACAACGGCCGAUCGUAGAUUGGUGCAAUAAGCACUCCAUCGUGGUACAAGCCUACUGCCCGAUAGUGAGGGGCAAGUUUGAUCAUCCCGUUAUCCAGCAAAUUGCGGAGAAGUUGGAUCACGACCCUGCUCAAAUCUUACUGCGCUGGUCGCUCCAAAAAGGAUUUAUUCCUUUGCCAAAGUCCUCCACGCCCGCGCGCAUCAGGUCGAACAUACAGCUGUACGAUUUCGCUCUCGACGAUGAGGACAUGCAGGCGUUGGAUGAGCUUGAUAAAGGAAAGGAGGGAUCCAUCAGCUGGAAUCCCGUUGACUUUGCUUGA